AAAAGCAAAGUUAUUGUGACUACUAACUCGAAAAUCACGAAAAAGAGAACUGAAACUCUUACGCUGUUUAGUAGCUCUGUUAGCAAAACUUGAUCUCUGGAUCUAUUAUACUGAUUGUUUUGUUUGAAAGCGUUUCACGAUACGUUUAUCUCUCCAUCAACGUUUUAAUCGUAUUAAAGUUGCUAUUCUUGUAAAAAAACACUUUAACGAACAUCUUAAUGUACAAUGCACAGCCUAUACGCUGUUUAACAGCUGCUUAAUUGUUUCGAAUAUAUCUUAGACGCUUUCUUUUGAUCUUGACCUGUUAGAACAGCGAUUUUCACACAAAAUAAGUCGGUUCAAUGCAGGAACUAACUUAUCGCUUACAAUCUUUCCCAUUUCUAGAACACAAACCUCCGCGACGCCAUUCCGAUGCAAUCCACUCUCGGAAUCGGCAACAAGUGUUUACGCAAAAUAGUAACAAAUCAAAAAGGCCAAUUCGCAACGACCCUAGCAACAGCGAAUAAACACGUGUUACAAAACGAUUCCUUUAAACGACCGUACCGUACCACCAAAGGUUGCCUUGGGUGCUCACACGACUGUAUCGAUAUCCUUCGCGCUAUCGAUCCAACGAGCGAGGAAUAAAUUUUCAGUUCAGUUACAGUUCUCACUCGGUUCGGAUGUUAUUUUUCCGUUACACGAUACGAUUGUCGUGCUUUUUAAAUACUUUAAUUUCACUAUCGAUUCGUAUUCGAUUAGGCUCUUUAUCCGAGUGUCGUUCCGACUGUGCACCAGCGUCCUGUUCCGAUGAGAUUAAUCAAGAUUUACCUUCGUUACUAUCCACCAGGAAUUGCUCUGAACUACCAAAAGAAAGGUAUCGAAGGGACAAAAAUGAUAGAUUUGUUCGAUCUUACUCCAAGCUGUGAUCUCCAAGUGCUAACGAAGCAAAUUGCAUCCACCGAACCACUUAUUACGCAAGAAGUGUUCCCCCAGGUUACGGAAAUACUGGAAAAGCUGCAAAAGAAGCUAAAGGAACCAGUGAAGACAAAGUUUUAUCUAUUUAAAACGCUACAAACUCACAUUCUGCCGCUCACGAAUGUGUGUUUCGACAAGUCCGGAAAGAAAUGUAUUACCGGGUCUUAUGAUCGUACCUGCCGCAUAUGGAAUGUGGAGAGCGGCGAUGAAGAGAAAGUUCUUAAAGGCCACGAAAAUGUCGUCUUUUCUGUGGCCUACAACUAUCCCAGAUGGUAUGUCUUCGUUGCUUACAUAGCAGUAACACUUACACCACGGUUUCUUUCUUUCCCCCUCCUCAUCAGUGACCGUAUACUUACGGGAUCGUUUGACAAAACUGCCAAGAUAUGGAAUCCCGUUUCGGGCAACUGUAUCAACACCCUUUGGGGACAUACGGCCGAAAUUGUGGGUGCCGAAUUUAAUCCACAUCAGUGCGAGUUGGUCGCUACCUGCAGUAUGGAUAAUACGGCUCGCGUUUUUCAUUCCGAAACUGGCCAAGAGGUACAUCUGUUUGCGGACCACUCGGCCGAAGUUAUAUCUGCACGGUUCAACAAGGAAGGAACGCUGCUGCUGACGGCCUCGUUCGACGAAACUGCCACCGUUUGGGAUAUGCGUGCGAAGGAACAUGCCAUCGUUAUCCGAGGUCACGAGGCGGAGCUAAGUAACGCAGUUUGGAACUUCCAGUGCAAUCUAAUCGCAACAAGUUCCCUCGAUCGGACGGCCAAGAUUUGGGAUCUUCGACGUCUGGACGAUGCACAGGCAACGGCCACCCACAAGGACGAGGUGCUCGAUGUUGCUUUCAACUGUACCGGCACUCGAUUGGCCACCGGUAGUGCAGACUGUACUGCCAAAGUGUGGGACGUUACCGGGAACUUCGAACUCGUCACCAUUAUGGCGGGCCAUACCGAUGAGGUGUCCAAGGUAACGUUCAGCCCACCGGGCGGUUUGUUGCUGACAGCAUCGGCAGACAAGACGGCACGCAUCUGGAACUCGGGCACCGGAACCUGCACCCAAACGCUGUCCGGGCACGAUGGGGAAGUGUUCUCCUGCUCGUUCAACUACUCCGGUGACGCCAUCAUUACCGCAUCGAAGGACAACACGUGUAAGAUAUGGAGAUGAUACGACUGGUUCUCCGGGCAGGCCUUUAAAAUACUUCUACGUCAAAAGUGUAUCAAAGUGCUGGACUAGCCUUCGGAGUGGCCUAGGAGAUGGGUGUAAAGCGUUCGUUAAUCCUAGGCAAAGACGGCACCGAUGUAACUGUUGCGUUUACAGAAAUGUUAUUUGAAACGAAAAUUUUUAUCUUUUAAACAUCGUUAAUAAUUCACAAUCAUAAAAAGUUAUGUUAGCGUAGGUAGGAGAUUGUGUACACAUUGGUUAAUAUUUGUUAAAAGUUUUUCAGGACAAAAGCAUGCUACCUGCUAGUGUUGUUUGUUGAAAUUUUUAUCUACAAGUAGAUUAUAAUUAGAAAAAAAGGAAAUAUUAGCGUUUAUAAAGGUACAAGUUAGAUUAUAUAAAGAAGAUUACAAAUUGAAUUUAGUGAAAACGAAUUAAAAUAAUUAUUACAAAUAUGUUAGCAUAAGUUUAGAGCUAUUUAGAAGUUCUUUGUAAUUCCAUUUAUACAGUAAGCGUUUUUUAAAUUGUGAAGUUGUUAAACUAGAUGUAAGGUGCAAUAAAAAGAAGGUUAUAGAUCGCUUAUCACAUCGAUUCCCAUUUAGUCACAGUUGAACAUAAAUCUCCUAAUCACGGGCAGCUUGCACAUCUGCAUACGAUUGAUGUACGCUCACACGGAGCGCACCGAACCGUAGCAAAACUGCCCUUUUGAUCUGCUGCUCGAGCUCAUCGAAUGGCCGUCGUAGAAAGUUUGUUUGUUUAAUGUUCUUUAAAUUGAUUCUUUCUUCGAUAAGAACGGCACCUACACACGGGCCCCGGCUACGGAACCUGCUACGAAUAAACACAUUUCGAAAAUGUGUGCCCAAUCUGUCCCAGAGAGUGGUAGCGGAAUGUUAAGAAUCAUUCUGUCACACACAUAUCCAAACCCACUUUUUGUGCCCUCCCAAAAACCCUGGCCUCCACAUACAAAAUAGCAAAUAAACAAUCCUUGUUUGAUUUCGUUCCUUACGGCUUUUUGUUCUUUUACGGCUGGAAUGGUUUCCUUUUCUCAGCGGGAAAUUUCGAAGACGGUAAGCAAGAUACAUUCCUCUAUGCUUCUGUGCUGUGGCGUAGCUCAAGUGUUAACGAAACAGCUGCGGCCAUGCUCACGGCUCACUUCCCAUGGACGACGGGAGGAUCAUCAGAGAGGUCUGGGAAAAACUAAGAACCUGUGAGGUGUGAAGUUGGGUCUUUCUCUGCAACGCAAACUUCGGUACAAAAUCUAACCCGACAGGGACAUGAAGGUACGCAAUGUGUGCGUCUUCUUAAGGUGAGUUUUACCUACAAAUUAUAAAGAAACUAGGGCAAAUGAAAAGAGGUUGAAUAAACUUUAAUGGAAACACAUAAAUUAAUAAAACAGAAAAAAAGAUAUUUGGAGUAAAAUUAAAUUCUAGUUAGUUAUUUCUGUUAUUUUUGAAACAGCAAUAAAACCCACCACUAAAUCUUUCGACUUGUCUUGUCUUUCCUAAUCGCUGCUGCGAAUUCUCCCUACCAACAUCGCCCCCCCUGCGGUCAAUGCUUUUGUUUUUCGAAUUUUCUGUCCUUUCUAUGAUUCAGCCAUGCGUAUCUCAACCGUAUCUCGAUUGACCGUCCGACAGAACUUGCGUUGGCAGGGAAUCGGUAUGUACAGUUUCCAUGCCAGUGAGUCUUGACGUAGCUUUUCCACUCCAGCACAGAAAGACAUACACACUCUCACAAGGAAUCCAUACAUAAAUGAAGCACAAACCAAGCACCAAGAGAC